AUGUUAUUUGAGCGGGGGCCGCGGCCCUCGGCGAUCGCAGAGCAGAGGAUGCAGAAAGCCGCCUACUACGACAACGCGGGGCUCUUCGGGGGCUACACCUACAGCAAGGCCGACGCCUACCCCUACGGCGCGGCCCACCAGCCCUACGGCCAGGCCGGCUUGGACGGCGAGUACCCCGGCUCCGCCUGCUCCGUCCAGGGCUCGGUGCCCGGCCGCGCUCCGGCCCACAAGGGCAGUGAGCUGAGCGGGAGCUGCAUGCGGCCGGGCGGGGGCGGCCCCGGGGGCAGUCAGCCCCCGGGGAUCGGCGAGCAUCAGCCCCCGGCCCUGCCGCCUUCCUCCCCGCCCAACCCCCCUCCCAGUGUGCCCCCUCCGAAAAAAGCCAAGGGGGGCCCCAACUCCUCGGGCUCGGCCAGUGCCACCCUCAGCAAGCAAAUAUUUCCUUGGAUGAAGGAGUCCCGGCAGAACUCCAAGCAAAAAAGCACCUGCGCCCCCCCAGGAGAGAGCUGCGAGGACAAGAGCCCCCCCGGGCCGGCCUCCAAGAGGGUGCGCACAGCCUACACCAGCGCGCAGCUGGUGGAGCUGGAGAAGGAAUUUCACUUCAACCGCUACCUGUGCCGGCCGCGCCGCGUGGAGAUGGCCAACCUACUCAAUCUGACCGAGCGGCAGAUCAAGAUCUGGUUCCAGAACCGCCGGAUGAAGUACAAAAAGGACCAAAAAGCCAAAGGCAUCAUGCACUCCCCCGUCGGACAGUCCCCGGAUCGCAGCCCCCCUCUAAGCGGCCCAAACCACGUCGGCUAUUCCAGCCAGCUCCCCGGCGUCAACAGCCUCAGCUACGACGCGCCCUCGCCCACCUCCUUCGCCAAGUCCCAGCAGAGCAUGUACGGGCUGGCCGCCUACACGGCGCCGCUGAGCAGCUGCCUGCCGCAGCAGAAGCGCUACGCGGGCGCGGAGUACGACCCCCACCCCAUGCAGAGCGGCGGCGGCGGCUUCGCCAACCCCAGCCUGCAGGGCAGCCCCGUCUACGUGGGGGGCAACUUCGUGGACUCGAUGCCGGCCUCAGGCCCCAUGUUCAACCUGGGGCACCUGCAGCACCCCUCCUCCGCCAGCGUGGACUACAGCUGCGCCGCCCAGAUCCCCGGCGGCCACCACCACGGACCUUGCGACCCCCACCCUACCUACACGGACCUUUCCUCUCACCACACCUCUCAGGGACGGAUGCAGGAGGCACCCAAGCUCACGCAUCUGUAG